CUGUAGGUUUUGAGCAGUCUACAUGAUCCAAUGCCCAGCUUGUUUAUUGAGGAUUUUGAAAUUAGCAUUCCAUCGAUGAUAAAUUUAAUACUGGCCUGGGAAGUUGGACAUUUUGGAGCAAUCAUAAAUUGACCAAUCAAACCUGCCAUUCAUGGCAGCAUGGCAUUUUUUAAAAGCUUCCAGCAAAGUCUCCCCUCUGUGUCCGCCAUGUUGGAAUCGGUGUCAGAAAAGGUUGACGACCUGGCUUAUGCACUGAGUGAUGUCACAUUCACGGUGAGCGGAGAACUCGCUGAGCAUGUCAACACCAUCAUCCACAAAGUUCAGGCUAAGGAGCUGAAGAGGAUUCGUAGGAAAGAGGCAGAAGAGAAGGAGGCUGCAGCACGGCAGGCCCAGGGAAGAUAUCCUUUUCUGGGUAGAACUGAAAUCCAGACCCAGGCUGCAUCUGACCUAGAGAAGAACCCUGAGCCUCAGACUACAGGCAGCAACACCGGUUCAGUGCUCUCCACCAAGACCUUCUCUACAGAAAGCGACCUCUCACAGGCACCUGACACUCUGAAAGAAAUGUUCAAAGUGCAAAAUGGUGCCGAUUCACCUUCUGCACUACAACAAAAUGGAUCCUGUGUUAAAGAAAGAACUAGGUCCACUAAACUAAAAACAUCUAGAAGCCCAGCAGAUGGUUAUGGGGAGAAGAAAUCUAGUAAUAGUGAGAGACGUGCUGAAGAUAAGAGUUAUGUGAAUGCAGACUAUCACUGCUCGUCGUCAGAUAGUGAUGAUGAGGUGAUUGGCCAGUACCAGGAGGCCGUGUCUCGAUCACAGGGUCUCCGGGGUGGUUCAGCGGGGACUAACUCACGCCACCAGAAGGGCUAUGGCUGGGACACACGGCAGAAAUACUGCCCCUUAGCAGCUGAAUAUGAUGGUUACAGCAGCGAGGCCUCAGCAGAUGAUGUAAACUGUAUCCAGAGGAUGAGACGGACUCCACCACUGGAUGAGCUGCAGCCUCCACCCUAUCAGGAUGAGGAUGGGUCACCACGUAUGUCGUGCACACCCUCGGACCUGGGCGAUGCCAAAUGUGACCUUUCCCAUGGGAGUGAGAGCCCCAGACACAGCUAUGGAAAAUCUCCAAGUGAGGUCAGCGGAGCACAGGAAACAGAGAGUUUCCUUAACAAGGGCUAUGAAGAAGAUGUUCCCAGCGACAGCACUGCUGUACUCAGCCCAGAGAAUCUGUCUGCACGUGGAUCGGCGGCUCAGCUUCCCAAAGGUUAUGAUCCUGAGCCUCUUGCUCAGUAUGGAACUCUCGACGUCAUCUUCAACUACGAUUCGUCUGACCAGUGUCUGUCCAUCACGAUAACAGCGCUGACGGACAUUCCUUCUCUCAAACGGGUGGGUAACAUCUCCUGGCAGGUGCAUCUGGUGCUGCUGCCCACCAAAAAACAGAGGGCGAAAACCAUCAUCCAGCGUGGCCCCUGCCCUGUCUUCACAGAGACAUUUCACUUCAGCCAUAUCGAGUCGGAGAUGAUCGGGAACUAUGCCGUCCGGUUCCGCUUGUACAGCAUCCGCAGGAUGAAGAAGGAGAAGGCUCUUGGGGAGAAGGUGUUCUACCUCACCAAACUCAACCUGCAAGGCAAGAUGUCAGUCCCCAUCAUACUGGACCCCUGCUGCAACAUACCUGGCAGUGACUCUCAGGCAAGCAUGUCAGACGUAUCGUGCAGCGAGACAGCCUCGUCGUUCCCAUCUGCUGGUCAGGGGUCGGCUCCGGAGAUCCUGCUGGGGCUUGUGUACAAUGCCACUACGGGACGUCUCUCUGUAGAGGUCAUCAAAGGAAGCCACUUUAAAAACCUGGCAGCAAAUAAACCUCCCAACACUUAUGUAAAGCUGACUCUACUGAACUCAAUGGGUCAAGAGAUGUCAAAGUGUAAGACGUCCAUUUGCCGAGGCCAACCCAACCCCACCUACAAGGAGACCUUCGUGUUCCAAGUCGCUCUGUUCCAGCUCUCCGACGUCACACUCAUCCUGUCGGUCUACAACAAGCGCAGCAUGAAACGGAAGGAGAUGAUUGGAUGGAUCUCUCUGGGGCUGAACAGCUCUGGGGAGGAGGAGCUGACACACUGGACACAGAUGAAGGAAUCGAAAGGACAACAGGUGUGUCGAUGGCACAGUCUUUUGGAGUCCUAGAAUAUCAAUAAGUGAUGGCAAUGAUGUGUGUAAUGGCGUGGGGGACAGAGAGCAGGUCAAGCCCUCGAACAGGCCCAAGAUGAUAGAGCUGGCCCUCACUGCAGUGCAUUAUGAGAAACACGAGUAGUUCUGGGGAUGUAAUCUGCUCUCCUUCCCAAUGCUUUAUAGGAAAUGGGUUAGAGGAAAUUGUGAGAACAGGGUUAGAGAUGCCACACCAUUAAUGGAGGAAACACUAAUGAGACAGAGUUUUAUGUUUAUUUAGAUAUUUAUUUUUUCUGUUUUUGUUCUGCUUAAGAUUGUUCUAAUGGGGUUGUGGUGUUUUAGGCACAGUAAGAGAGAAAAAACCAACAAAUAUAUGAGUAGGUUCCAGACAUGAAAGAUCUGCAGAGGUGAGAUGAGUUAAAUAUCAUGGCUCAGAUUAUAACUGGUGUCCUAAGAUUACAUUACUCUGACCUAACAAAGUAGUACAGGGGUACAAUUACUGUCAGGUUCACUAGAUGCCAUUCUGAGGCUUUUUAAUAGGAACUCUGACAGAUGUAUCUAUAUGAAUGGCUGGGUUCCUCAACAUGUGAUCAGAUUGUCUAGAUCUUGUUCUAAUAUGUGAUUUAGUUCAUUCCACUUUGAAAUGUAGUGCCAAUUCAGGUUUCACCACAUACAGCCUGUCAUCCAGCGUUAUGUGUCAGCUAUUUUACUUCCCUCAUUCUGAAUUUAAUAAUUAACAAUCAGAAACACACCACAAAACAAAUAGAUAAUUCAUUCUCAAUAUAACAUUAACAGCCAAUAAGGAUUGUUUUACCUAUACUUUUCUA